AUGGACUGGACACAGUCCAGGAGUAUAACUCACGUCUCUGCUGAGCAGAAGAGACGUUUCAACAUCAAGCUAGGCUUUGAUAUUCUGCACAGUCUCGUCACCACGAUGAGCUCUCAGCCAAGUAUAAAGAUCAGCAAGGCCAUGACUCUACAUAAGACAGCAGAGUACAUCAGUCAGAUUCAACAGGAGAGAGCUCAGCUGUAUGAGGAGGCUCAGAGACUCAGAGGCCAGAUUCUGCUCCUUAACUCUACCAUCAAUGUGUACCAGCUGCAGCUGCCCGUCACUGGCAUGCCCAUCACCUGCCAACGCUUUGACCACAUGAGGGAGAAGUUCAGAGAGUACGUUCGGGCACGGACUCUACAGAACUGGAAGUUCUGGGUCUUCAGCAUCAUGGUAGAGCCCCUGUUUGAGUCCUAUAACAGGAUGGUGUCCACAGCCAGUGUAGAGGAUCUGUGUCGUACUACUCUGUCCUGGCUGGACCAGUACUGCUCCCUACCUGCCCUCAGACCCAUGGUCCUUAGCUCACUCCGCCUCCUCAGCACAUCCACGUCCAUCCUGACAGACCCCAGUCUGGUCCCAGAGCAGGCCACCCAUGCAGUCACCCAGGCCCAGAGCCUCCCCCACCCUACCCGUCCCCAGGACCAUUCCCCCUCCACGUGGCCCAUCAACACCCCUUCCACAUGGCCCAUCAACAGGGAAAACACACAGCCUAUGUGACCCUAUGGAACAAUUUCAAUAGAUGGAAAACCAAGCCGUGCCAAAGGAUCACAGAGCUGAACCCACUUUAAAGCACACAUACAAUAGGCACUAGUGCUGAGUGAUUUACCAAAAUGUCUGCCAUUUUUUCAGGUUUUAAACCAACAUCAGUUCAAUUAUUUGAAUUCCAUUUCGUUCUGUUUUUUCUCUUCUCCGAGUGUAAUUUUCACGCCCUGGCCAUAGAGAGGCUUUUAUUCUCUAUUUUGGUUAGGCCAGGGUGUGACUA